AUGGCCACCCAAUCUCCUUUCGAAGCUUCGGGAAUUCUUGUGCACGGUGUGUAUAUGGGCCAACAUGUCAGCAAUGUCUCCAUCGUCUAUGCUGCCAACCAGCUUCCAACUCCGUGGCCGUGGAUGCUCAUCAGUUAUACCCUGUCCAUUGUGAUUGCUGCAAGUAGUCUCUACUUCUCCAAGAAAGCAGACAAACAAAAAAUCGAACACGUACACAGGCCGACAGACAAUCGUGCACCGUCUAAAAAAACUCGGCAAACUGCAGCAAAUCAAAAAACGUAUACCACCGCUUCUGGGGACAUCAUAACGAGACUUGUUACUGGCGAACUCCUCAUCUCACCGGCAAAAGAGGUCACGCAUUUCACGCAGCCAAAAGAUACUUCUUCACUUCAACAGCGCGAGAUUGUCGAACAAGAACGCAGGGGUGGUCAAACACCACGCGCGGUCUCAAAGUGGAGUCAGUAUGGUACCAUUGGAGCCCUCGUGAUCAACACCAUACGAUCUGUGGCAGUUGUUCCUAUCUAUCGCAAUGCUCUCACCAGACGCCAGGCGCCAGCCUCCUCACCACUUGUACUACUGCUUUUGUCGAACAUGACUAUAGCAGUCCAAUUGGCGGGUCUGCCAUUGCUUGUUGCGGUUGCGGAUUUUAUUAUUGUCUAUGUGUUUCUCGCGAUUAUAGCCUUCAAAAUCAAUGCAGGCCUCACCUGGGGCGAAAACACUGGAAAUUUUACUCAUUAUGGUACCUGGAAAGUAACAGCAGGUAACUGCCCGACAAUCAGCUCCUGGAGACCUGUCGAUAAACAUCCUCGUGGUUGGGCAUCGCAGGCAUGCUGGUUCCAUAGCAGUGUGGGCGGUUGUGAUGGUCGAAACACUACCGAGGCUGACGUUGACUUGCUCAUCACCAGUACGCUGGGCGCUGUCGAGGCAUAUACUGGCCUGGUUGUUUUUGGUUUGACGACUCUUGUGAUCAUUUACCUGCCAAUACCUUUUCGAAAAGAACUUAAACGACUACUGCCUAAGCGGAGACGUCUGGACAAAGCCGAAAAUUUAAGGACACAGUCUGCAGCUUCAGAUUCGCGCCGCACGGAUUCUGAAGAGGUUCCGUCCGCAGCACCAUCGGAGCCUGUCUGGAAGCGGAUUUUUCAACCUGGUCAUGUAGUUACACGUCGCCAAAAGGUAGGCGCCGUCGUGACGCUCCUGAUUGGCAUUAUUAUUAGCCUUGUUGUGCUGCCACUGAACAUCCGUUACCAAACUUAUCCUCCAUUCCAAUCUAUCUCCGACAGCUUUGGUCCGGAACAGAGUUUCACAUCCGAGGACUGCGUCGAGAUUUAUAACGAAACUAGCUUGACUGGUCAGUCCCGCGCUGAUAACAUGCCGUACCAGAUUCACGGUAGCUGGUCAGAUAUUUUUAUGGUGAGACCAACAAAUAGCAAGUCUGGCUACCUUGAGAUAUGGGUAAAGGAUAAGCAAGCUAUUAUCGGCCACCUUGUCGGCGUACUUUGA